AUGGAUGCCAGGAACGCGCGAGGAAGCCUGGGGUUCGUCCGGCACUUCUCGCAGAAAUCUUUCCUCGACAUCGGCAAGGCGAAGCUUUCCCUGCGCGGCCGCUCGCUCAACUGGAAGCCCGAUGUCGAUGGGACACGCCUGGAUCGGCUCAAUCUCACUGAGGAGGCCGUGGCCAUAUUCCGCGAGUCGCAUGCGUCCUUCGUCAACCAACUUCCUGUGUUCGCCAGCCAUCUACCCUACCGUGCCGGUACCACUGGCAUUGUGACGACGGCCGGGGAGCGCAACUUUGGGCAGGCUAUUUCACUGGUGCUGAUGGCGCGGCGGACUGGCUCGCUCUUGCCAAUACAGAUCAUGCUCGACUCGUCGGCGCCGUGGAUAGAUUUGGUGUGCUCCGAGACGAUGCCUCGUCUCAACGCGACCUGCGUGUCCCUUCCCGACAUGUGGGCCGACACGGACCCUCCGGCGCCAAAGUUGGCGCGCUUCCAGUGGAAGUUCAUCUCGAUCGUUGCGUCCAGCUUUCAGAACGUGCUCUUCCUCGACACCGACUGCCUCCUCGUGCGGAAUCCGGACCCCAUCUUCGACCGCGGUUCCGAGCCGUUUACCUCGGCCGGCUUCAUAACCUGGCCCGACUUUUGGGCGUCGACCACCGCGCCGCGGUUCUACGAGAUUGCCGGCGACCUCGAGGUCCCGUCGGUUAACUCGCGGACAACGUCGGAAAGUGGCAUAAUGGUGUACGACAAAUCCCGCCACGCCGAUACCCUCCUCCUCGCCGCCUACUACAACUAUAACGGACCGAAGCACUACUACACCAUACUCUGCCAGCGCGGUGCUGGGGAAGGCGAUAAGGAGACCUUCUUCCAGGCUGCGCUGGUCCUCGAAGCGCUGCGGGGACGGGGAGCGUACAAGCAGCCGACGACGUGGAUGAAACCCGGCGUGGGCGUUAAAAAGGGGUAUUACGACGUAAAGAAGAUGCCCCGUUCGCACGGGCGGACGGUCAAGGGCAAGUGGAGGGGCAUGCUCAUGAUGCAAGCGGAUCCGAUGGUGGAUUACCAGGGCGUCAUGGCGGCCAUUGAGAAGGCUGACAAGAAGGAAAUCAUGGCGCCCGCCAAGGCUGACAGGAACGAAACGCGUGCGAGUCCCGGGCGUAGAACGAGGCAGCACUUCCGGGACAACGGCGACCCGCUGCACAAGCGGGGCGAAGCGGCGACCGUCAACGAGGAGGACUUCAUGACGGAUUCGUCAUUCCUCGGCACGGUGGGCAACUUGACGUGGGAGCAGCUCGACCACCGCGUCAUGUUCUUGCACCACAACGGCGUCAAGCCCGAUUUUACGCGCCUCCUCGACGAGAAGUCGGGAUUAGCGGCGACGGACGAGAAGGGCAAGUACAUGCGCCUGUGGGGCGACCCCGGUUGGCUGAUGGACAGCUUCGGCCGCGACGUCGAGAAGGUGCUCUGGGAGGAUUCGAUGCGGAUUUACUGUCAGAACAAAUUGGAGGCGUUCGAUCGCCUGCGGGAGGUGUGCGCGCGGAUGGGCUUGAUUUAUGCGAAAGUGUACUCAUAG